AUGAAUGAAGCACUCUGCUCCAUUCUCACGGGGGAGAACGAAUGGGUGUUUCACAGCGAGGGCAAAUCGAUCAAGUUUAACAAUGAUGGGACCGGCGAGCUUUGGUGCUGUGAAGAUGGCCAUUUCUGGAUAGCUAUGGCGACUGAAUGGAAGCGCCUCGAGAUAUCUGCGCGUGGCGGAGAUGAGACGGCAGCCGAGGAUGCCUAUCCGAAGGGGGGGCCUCAGAUUCUAGGGAAGCUUGAACUGGCAGUUACCCUAAUGAAGCGACUCCCGGAAACGCUCGACAAACAGCCUGGGGCAAGGGGUUAUGUUCUCAACGAGCGUGGGCUUACGGACGAUGCAUUCCAACCGAAGAAAUAUACUAUCACGAUCGAGAAAGGCAAUUUUGUCGAACCUUGUUAUAUCGGGCCCUCGAGCUCGUUUAGUAGGAGGUAUGCAUUCCGACUUCUCUUUGACAAAUCGCCGUAUCCCCCGCGUUCUGAGUGGAAGCGACCCGAAGGAGGCCCUGAUUCAGGCCAUUUCUGGGAUAUCAAGGAGUUCGUUGGCCGAGAAUAUCCGGAAUUGAAGCAGGGAAGGGCUAUAAAUGACAAUGCUGGCGAUAGCUGGAAGUAUUGUCAAGUAAUGUAG